CGGGGCGGCGCCUAACCAGUCAUGGGCGUCGUUCCAACUUGGAACUACUUUCACAUGGCGUAGGAAUUUUCGUGCUGUGGCGGCACGGUACUCGUGACGAAUUCAAUUCUGAUUGGUCCUUAAGCAUAACCUCCUCCCUUGGCACCCUGUUUUCUUCCCCCUUCCGUUCAGUACCCACGACGCGGGCUCGUACUUCUCGUCUCUCUCUUAGCUGCCGCAAUUUCGCGUCUUUCUUUAUCUCUUUUUCUUUCCAGUUUAUUCUUUACCCUGUUUCUCUCUUCGUCCUCCCCGUCUUCUUUACCGCGUCUCGAAAUCUUACCCUCGCGAUCGCUUUUCGGCUACUCGUCCGUCGGUCAAUUUCGAGUUUUCUUUUUUUUUUUCAUUUCGUGUUCCUCGUUCUCUCGGUCUCGCGCGUGUACGUCUUACCUACGCGAACGCGUGAAAUCGGUCGUGGCAGGUUAAGCAGAGAAAUCCGAAUUUAAUCUCGCGGCACAUCGUCGAGUUGGCCGAGCGGUCGACAGGGGGCUUCGCGAAAUCUAAUCGAGAGAAAGAAAAAGAGAGACCGGUCGAGAAGAGCGGAAGAGACGAGACGAGACGAGCCGCAUCGUCGAGAGGUGGAGCGAGAUGGAACGAGAGGGUGAGUGAGCAAACGUGGAGGGGCCGUUAUAUGCGGGGGAGGGGGACGAACAGCGAUGACGGAGCAAGCGAGAGAAGUUGGUUAUCGCAUUGGAGAGGGGGCUGACGCGCGAAAGACAAGGAGGAAAGCAAUGGCGCGUUCCUUGUCGCCACGUAGUACACAGUGGAAGAGUGUGCGCGCACGAGCGAGAUGGAGCGGUCAGAAGGAAGAGAGGGAAUGAUAGUGGAAAAGAGAACGAGGCGAAACCUCGGUGAGAGAGAGGGAAAUCGGUGGUGGAAGCAAGAGAGGCCGAUGGCGAAGGAGAGAGACGAAAGGAGACGAACGAGCGAGCAAGAGACAGAGGACGGUACAGAGUGGCGGUACACGGGGCGCGAGAAAAGCGGUAGUGUGCCGUGGACCACCGCACUGGCAUACCGUGGUUCGUUACGAUCCCCUUCGUACGUCGCUUCGUACUGAACCUCACAGUCGUCAGCGAAGUCACAUUUCGACUAGUGCUAGUGCAGUGCGGACAGAGUCAGCGAUUCCUUUGGUCCUUUUAAAAGAUCGACCGACCGACUUACCGACACACCGGGCCUGACCGAUCAGAAAUCGUACACGCAUUAUCGAAAGAUAAAGGGAAAAUAAGGAGGAGGUGUUCGCGAGGGAGAUCGUCGCGUGCCGGCCGACCGAACCGUCGACGGGCGCGCACGCGGUAGAAAGACCCACAGAGGCAGUUUUAUAGCCCGUCUUAUUACCCCGGUUUAUUGCGUCGUAACGGUUUAACGAUCAUCGCCUGUUUCCACCACCUAGACCGCCGGUUUACGCUCGUGCCGGUAGCGGUAACCAUAACAAGUCCAUAAAAGCCCCCGCCUCUGCCAUGAGUCCCAUUCUGAAUUACGCUCCUACGGCCUACUGACAUUGACGCUUUGGGAUAAACCGCCUCUACCUACCGAUGACUUUUAUGACCUCUUGAAACGGUUUAAUGCCCGUUUGCUCGUCCCUUGUCGACGCUGUCACCUGUCGCCGAGCCGCGUCAAACGGCGUAUCGGUUCCAGACGCGAAACGUUUGCCUCUCGCCUUUUGGCGCGAAUUUGCCGAACGUAGAACCAGAACGGGACGAUAAUCGUCGUCGUCGGUGGUGGGACGAUCGGGUUGGUGAACGAACCUGAACCACGGUGAAACGAUUCAGUCGGAGCAUGGACUAGUAUCGGUUGUGUGACUAGCCACGCGCGUGUGUGCUCUCGACGAUUCACCAACGACGAACAGUCGACGAGCAGCUAGCUGCAAGACUCGCCACACCACCGUCUUUGUUUCUCGAGUGUCGGUGUUUCAGUGCAAGUGAUUCAAAAUACCCGGAAUAAUGAACUCGUAUUUUGAGCAGACUGCGGGUGGCUUCUACGGAAGUCACCACCACCAGACAGGAGCCGCUAGCCAGCACCACGAUCCGGCCACGGCAUACAGAAAUUUUCCGCUCGGCCUGGGCAUGUCUCCUUACGCGUCCACGCAACAUCAUCAUCACACCUCGUCGUCGUUGGGAAUUCAUCCGGGCGGAGGCACAAACACGAGGCCACCGCAAGACUCACCGUACGACGCGAGCGUCGCGACGGCCUGCAAACUCUACUCGACGACACCCGAGGCGACCGGGCACACCACAUCCUCGUACUCGACCACAGCGACCAAGGACUGUAAGCAACAAGAUCAGGCCGCUGCCCAUCAGAAUGGGUACGCUGCCGUGAUGGCAGCCGCGGCCGUCAAGGACGUUUGGCAGUCAGCGACCUCGGGGGCGAACAGCCAGAAUAGUUCGGUCGUACGUCCUUCCGCGUGUACCCCAGAAGGUACGAGGGUUGGUAGCUACGGUGGUCUCGUAGGCGGCGACCCGGCAUCGAGUCCUGGUAACAACAGUUCCUCGAGGUCCCUCACGUCGUCCUGGAACACCUGCAGUUUGAACUCGUCCGCGAGCCAACCGGUUGCCACGCAACUACAUCAGCAACCUACCGGCAGCCAUACCUUCUACCCCUGGAUGGCUAUAGCAGGUAAGGAAGAUAUUGCUAAGCCGCAUUGGACAUGGUUGCAAGGAGCGAACGGAAUGCGCAGGCGCGGCCGACAGACCUACACGCGCUACCAGACGCUCGAGCUCGAGAAGGAAUUCCACACGAGCCACUACCUCACCAGGCGGAGGCGGAUCGAGAUGGCACACUCUCUCUGCCUGACGGAACGGCAGAUCAAGAUCUGGUUCCAGAAUCGGCGGAUGAAGCUGAAGAAGGAGUUACAGGCGAUCAAGGAGCUGAACGAACAGGAGAAGCAGGCGCAGGCGCAGAAGGCAGCGGCAGCAGCGAAGAAGCCUGCUUUACUUUUGGCAUUAAGGAUAUCAGCACAGCCGUUCGAUAUAUCGUGGGAUCCCAUCGCUUCGAAGCAAGAUAUCUGCACAGCCAGGUACACCCACUAUAAGGGCGAGUACGUGUCGCUAUAA